AUGUAUAACGAGAUAGAGGAAAAUUAUGAUCACGUCGCCAUCAGCACCUUCAAGAGAGGCCUGCCGACAAAGCACGGUUUAAGGAAAUCCCUGGCUGGGAAACCGGUCACCAGCGUGCGCCAGCUCAUGGACCGAAUCGACAAGUACAAGAGGGUCGAAGAGGACCAACAAAUGAGAAAGGGAAAAGCGAAGGGUGUCCCUCAAGAAAGGAGGGACUUCAGGUCGGACCGAUUUAGCAACAACAACCGACCGAGAAGGGAUUACUCGGAGCAGUCUAGAUCCAUCGGGGCGCAGGCAGUCCACGCUGUGUUCCAGGAACCAUUACAUAAGAUCUUAGAGAAAGUCAAGAACGAGCCGUUCUUUCAAUGGCCAAAUAGGAUGGCAGGCGACCCUGCGAAACGCCAUCAGAGCCUAUAUUGCGAAUACCACCAAGAACCAGGGCACACUACUGAUGACUGCAAAAAUCUGAAAAACCACUUGGACCAGCUGGUCCGAAAGGGAAAGCUGAGACAUCUCUUUCACCAUUCCGGUGGCCGACAAGAGCAAGCGAGCGUCGAGGCAAGGCAAAGCACCUUGAGACCGCCUAUUGGCACGAUAAAUGUCAUUCUCGCCGCUCCAGGAAGAACUGGCUCCCAUCCUUUCAGAGUGAUGUCAGUGGCCCGGCUCCCCGUUGAAGUUAACGACCGUGAGUCUAAGAGGGCUAAAGGGAUGGCCUCGCCCAUACUCGGAUUCUCGGAUGAGGAUAAAGUUGGAACCAUCCAGCCCCACGAUGAUGCUCUAGUUGUCACACUCAGGAUUGGGGGAUAUGAUGUGAAGAUGGUGCUAGUCGAUCAGGACAGUGCCGUGGAAGUAAUGUACCCCGACCUAUACAAGGAGCUGAAGCUGAGACCGGAAGACCUGACAACAUACGACUCCCUUUUGGUAAGUUUCGAAAGGAAAACUGUUACUCCGAAAGGCCAAAUUAGGCUGCCUAUACAAACAGGCUCGAACAUAGUGGAGGUGGACUUCAUAGUGGUGGACGCAUAUUCGCCCUACACCGCCAUUGUAGCUAGACCUUGGCUUCAUACCCUAAGGGCUAUAUCCUCAACCUUACACCAAAAGAUGAAGUACUUGUCGGGGGGUCGGGUUAAAGAAGUGAUAGGGGACCAAGCCAUGGCCCGGCAAUGCAUGGUGUCUGCCAUCUCGUGA